ACUGGGUGGGAUUUUCUGUCCGUUCCCCUCUCUCUGCUUAGCUUGGCUCUUUCCAUCCCCCCCUGCGUUGCUUUCCUCUGCCCCGGCGUCCCCAGACCCCCCUCUUCAAUGCUGCCGCACUGGCAGCUCCAAAUUCACCAGCACCUGUAAAUCUCAGGAGUUUUUUUUUUACUUCUUCUUUCAAUCUAGGGAGAAGUUCAACCUGUGGAUCAGAUUGUCCAGGAAACAAGACAGCGACCCUCAAGUGGAAAAUGGAAUAAUUCAAAACAAAGGGACUAUUUCUUUUUGUUUUUGCCACCAGUGGAGUCUGACUGGAUUCUUACUGACGCUGUGAUUUUAUAAACGCCACUGCAUGAGGAGGCUUUGCCCCCCACUCAAAAUAUAACACCUGAAAUUGUCUCCAAUUCACCAUGGCUGAAGGAGCCAGAUCGUCCUCCGCAGCCGGUGGGACGAAUGGAGCGGCACAGGCGAGCUCUCUCAGGUCAACAGGUUUCGGGAUCCUCGGUAAGCUCAAAAUGUCUGCGGAGCUGCUGAUUGCCCUGGCUGCUCUGCUGUCCUGGCUGGUGGUGGGAGUAGUGAUGUUUGACUUUGUGGAGUACAAGGCGGUCCCUGACAUCCAGCAAAUCAUGACGGACCCCGUGCAAGCUGUAAACGACGCCGUAGAUGAAGUCUCCAGUCUUCUCAACAAGUUUCAAGAGUGUGCACCUGAUUUAAGUGACCCUAUGUCCGCUGCCACGUACGCUGCUGAAGAAGUAACGGAAGCCAAAGAUGGAUUUGUUCGCUACUUUUCAGACGAGGAAGGGAACUUUUACCUCAGCUAUGUGGACCCCGUGGUUGUCGGUAGACAAGCUUUCCAUUCAAUGAAUGACUUCAUGGGUGGAGUUGUGGGCUCCUUCAGGGACACGCUGUGUGCUAUUGUGGAUACUGUACUGGAUACUAUACUGGAUAUAAACAAAGGAGAAACUGACAUAAGCCACAUUGACCCUGUGGUCAUAGGCAGAAGUGUCUUCAGUGUUACUAAUGACUUCAUUAAUGGAGUGGGGGGCUACAUCCAGGAUGUGCUCUGUGGCAUUGUGGACACUGUUCUGGAUGUAGUAAAAGGGGUCACAGAUGUGAGCUUCAUCGACCCUGUGGUGCUGGGCAGAAAUGUCUUCAGUGUUACUAACGACACUGUGGGUGGAGUAGUGGGCUACAUCCAGGACGUACUCUGUGCAGUCGUAGACAGUGUGCUGGAUAUAACAAAAGGAUCCACUGACGUUAGCUUCAUUGACCCCGUGGUCAUUGGCAGAAAUGCCUUCGGUGCUACUAAUGACUUUGUGAGUGGAGUAGCAGGAUACAUCCAGCAUGUGGUCUGUGCAAUCCUGGAUGUAAUACUGGACACAGUCACAGAUAUCCAGCAGGCUGUGGGAUUCAGCCCCAUGUCAGCUGUGAAGAGGACAGCAGAAAUCACCACAGAGCAGAUCGACCUGCUCUCAGCAAUGCUGUUUGGUGAACAAGGAAUCAUGCCUGAAGUGUCUGUUGAUCCCAUGAAAGUGGUUGAAGACGCCGUGUUGGAGUUCACAGACAAGAAAGAUUUGUUUGUGUCUUACAUGUCCAGCAUGCUUGUUGGAGAGCAAGGUGAACCAGUUUCCGCUCCUGUUGUGAACAUAGUCACUGAAAAAGACGAACCUAAAGCUUCUCCGUCUGACAUACAUUUGGUGCAAAGGAAAGGUGAAUUUCUGCCCCCUCUUGAAAAAGUUUCAGAGAUCAUGGACGCUGAGCUCAGUGGAGCCUCAGACUUAAAGCUGGAGGAAGAGGAAGAGGCUGAAGUUCCCACCGAAGCUGCCGGUGAAGCAGAUGUGAAAAAGGCAGAGGAAGAUGAGGAGAAACAUGUCGACCUCAAUGAAACAGAUCAGGAACCAACACUGGAAGAUGAAGGAAUCCUUGAUGAUGUCAGCACAGAGGAAAAGGAAGAGGCAGAAGAGGAGGAGGAGGAGACAGAGAAAGACGAGGAUGCUGUAUACACGGAGAAGGAGGAAAAGGAGGUGGAGGAUGAAGAAGAUGAAGGUGUUGGUACCGAAGAGGAAGAGGAAUUAAGAUCAAAGGACGAUGAAGAACAAGAGGAGGAAGAUACAACAGCAGAUGAGGUCCAGGAAGAAGAGCAGGAGGAGCAGAAACAAGAAGCUGGAGAAGAUGAAAAGGAGGAGGAGGCUGUAGAAGAUGAUGGGGAGGAGGCGGAGAAGGAAACCGAGGCUGAGGUAGUUCUGGUAGAGGAGGAGGAGGAGACCAAAACAGGGGUUUUAGUAGUAGAGGAGGAAGAAGAGAAGGAGGAGGAAACUGAAGCAGAAGGUCUGGUGGAAGAGGAGGAGGAGGAGGAAACUAAAGCAGAUGUUUUGGAGGAGGAGGAAGAGGAGGAGGAAACCAAAGCAGAAGUUUUGGUGGAUCAGGAGGAGGAGGAGGAGGAGGAGGAGGAGGAGGAAGAGGAGGAGGAAACCAAAGCAGAAGUUUUGGUGGAUCAGGAGGAGGAGGAGGAAACCAAAUCAGAAAUUGUGGUGGAACAGGAGGAGGAGGAAACCAUAGCAGAAGUUUUGGAGGAUCAGGAGGAGGAAACCAUAGCAGAAGUUUUGCUGGAAGAGGAGGAGGAGGAAACCAAAACUGAAGAUUUGCUAGACGAGGAGGAGGAAACCAAAACUGAAGAUUUGCUAGACGAGGAGGAGGAAACCAAAACUGAAGAUUUACUAGACGAGGAGGAGGAGGAAACCAAAGCAGAAGUUUUGCUAGACGAGGAGGAGGAAACCAAAACUGAAGAUUUGCUAGAUGACGAGGAGGAAACUAAAGCAGAAGUUUUGCUAGACGAGGAGGAGGAAACCAAAGCAGAAGAUUUGCUAGACGAGGAGGAGGAAACCAAAGCAGAAGAUUUGCUAGACGAGGAGGAGGAAACCAAAGCAGAAGUUUUGGUAAAGGAUGAAAAGGAGGAGGACAAAGAGGAAGACAUUGAACAAAUAGAUAUUUUCGUUGAUGAAGACAAAUUAAUAUCUGACACUGAUGUCAUAUAUGAGAUUCUAGAAACUGACCAGGACCAUGAAGCUUUAGAGCUGGAUGAUGGUGAGGUUUUUGAAAAGGAGGAGGACAGAGAAAAACAGGAUGAGGAGGAGACUGAGGGGGAGUUGGAGUAUGAUGAAGAUGAAGAUAAGGAGACAGAGCCAUCGGUUCAACAACUUGAUCUAAAAGUUCUGUCGGCUGAAAAAGGUUUUAAUGCCAGUGCAGUACCUGAAUUAGAUGAUGAGGACGAAGAAGAGACAAUGGUUCAUGACCUAGACGAAUACUCUGACAUCAUCUACGAUCAGGAUGAAAACAACAACAACAGUGAGAGUGGAAAAACUGAACCGAAACGAAAGAGGAAAGUUCAUAUUCCCUUUGAGAGGCUCAGGAGAGUCGGAUCCAGAGCUGAACGUCUUCACGAGCGUGAGAAAGAAGAAGAGACUAAAAAGAAAGAAGAACCAACACCUUCUGUAGAGGAAAAAGAUGCAAAGCCAGAGUCCAGAAAAAAGGCAGAGAUAAAGGAGCGUUCUAAAAAAGGACAAAUCAAACUUUUAAAAGAAAAAACUGACGAGAAGGAGGACAAGAAAAUACGCAAGGAAGAAGAAAAAAUCAAGAAACCAUCUAAAGAAAGAGAAGUCAAGAAACCAUCCAAAGAAGAAAAAGAAGUCAAGAAACCUCUAAAAGAAAAGAAAGAAGUCAAGAAACCAGCCAAAGAAGAGAAAGAAGUCAAGAAACCAACCAAAGAAGUCAAGAAACCAUCAAAAGAAGAGAAAGAAGUCAAGAAACCUCUAAAAGAAAAGAAAGAAGACAAGAAACCAUCCAAAGAAGUCAAGAAACCAUCCAAAGAAGAGAAAGAAGUCAAGAAACCAACCAAAGAAGUCAAGAAACCUCUAAAAGAAAAGAAAGAAGACAAGAAACCAUCCAAAGAAGAGAAAGAAGUCAAGAAACCAACCAAAGAAGUCAAGAAACCUCUAAAAGAAAAGAAAGAAGACAAGAAACCAUCCAAAGAAGUCAAGAAACCAUCCAAAGAAGAGAAAGAAGUCAAGAAACCAUCCAAAGAAGAGAAAGAAGUCAAGAAACCAUCCAAAGAAGAGAAAGAAGUCAAGAAACCUCUUAAAGAAGAGAAAGAAGUCAAGAAACCACCCAAAGAAGAGAAAGAAGUCAAGAAACCAUCCAAAGAAGAGAAAGAAGUCAAGAAACCAACCAAAGAAGACAAGAAACCUCUUAAAGAAGAGAAAGAAGUCAAGAAACCAUCCAAAGAAGAGAAAGAAGUCAAGAAACCAACCAAAGAAGUCAAGAAACCAUCAAAAGAAGAGAAAGAAGUCAAGAAACCUCUAAAAGAAAAGAAAGAAGUCGAGAAAACAUCCAAAGAGAAAGAAGACAAGAAACCAUCCAAAGAAGAGAAAGAAGUCAAGAAACCAACCAAAGAAGAGAGAGAAGCCAAGAAACCUCUUAAAGAAGAGAAAGAAGCCAAGAAACCUCUUAAAGAAGAGAAAGAAACCAAGAAACCAUCCAAAGGAGAGAAAGAAGUCAAGAAACCUCUUAAAGAAGAGAAAGAAGCCAAGAAACCAUCCAAAGAAGAGAAAGAAGACAAGAAAACAUCCAAAGAAGAAAAAGAAGUUAAGAAACCUCUUAAAGAAGAGAAAGAAGACAAGAAACCACUUAAAGAGAAAGAAACCAAGAAACCAACCAAAGAAGAGAAAGAAGACAAGAAACCAUCCAAAGAGAAAGAAGUCAAGAAACCUCUUAAAGAAGAGAAAGAAGACAAGAAACCACCCAAAGAGAAAGAAGUCAAGAAACCAUCCAAAGAAGAGAAAGAAGUCAAGAAACCUCUUAAAGAAGAGAAAGAAGACAAGAAACCAUCCAAAGAGAAAGAAGUCAAGAAACCAUCCAAAGAAGAGAAAGAAGUCAAGAAACCUCUUAAAGAAGAGAAAGAAGUCAAGAAACCAUCCAAAGAGAAAGAAGUCAAGAAACCAUCCAAAGAAGAGAAAGAAAUCAAGAAACCAUCCAAAGAAGAGAAAGAAGUCAGAAAACCAACCAAAGAAGAGAAAGAAGUCAAGAAACCAUCCAAAGAAGAGAAAGAAGUCAAGAAACCAUCCAAAGAAGAGAAAGAAGUCAAGAAACCUCUUAAAGAAGAGAAAGAAGUCAAGAAACCAUCCAAAGAAGAGAAAGAAGACAAGAAACCAUCCAAAGAAGAGAAAGAAGUCAGAAAACCAACCAAAGAAGACAAGAAACCUCUUAAAGAGAAAGGAGACAAGAAAUCAUCCAAAGAAGAGAAAGAAGUCAAGAAAUCAUCCAAAGAAGAGAAAGAAGUCAAGAAACCAUCCAAAGAAGAGAAAGAAGUCAAGAAACCUCUUAAAGAAGAGAAAGAAGUCAAGAAACCAUCCAAAGAAGAGAAAGAAGACAAGAAACCUCUUAAAGAGAAAGGAGACAAGAAAUCAUCCAAAGAAGAGAAAGAAGUCAGAAAACCAACCAAAGAAGACAAGAAACCUCUUAAAGAGAAAGGAGACAAGAAAUCAUCCAAAGAAGAGAAAGAAGUCAAGAAAUCAUCCAAAGAGGAAGAAGUCAAGAAACCAUCAAAAGAAGAUAAAGAAGUCAAGAAACCAUCCAAAGAAGAGAAAGAAGUCAAGAAAUCAUCCAAAGAGGAAGAAGUCAAGAAACCAUCAAAAGAAGAUAAAGAAGUCAAGAAACCAUCCAAAGAAGAGAAAGAAGUCAAGAAACCAUCCAAAGAAGAGAAAGAAGACAAGAAACCAUCCAAAGAAGAGAAAGAAGACAAGAAACCAUCCAAAGAAGAGAAAGAAGUAAAGAAACCAUCCAAAGAAGAGAAAGAAGUCAAGAAACCAUCCAAAGAGAAAGAAGUCAAGAAACCAACCAAAGAAGAGAAAGAAGACAAGAAACCAACCAAAGAGAAAGAAAUCAAGAAACCAUCCAAAGAAGAGAGAGAAGUCAAGAAACCAACCAAAGAAGAAAAAGAAGUCAAGAAACCUCUUAAGGAAGAGAAAGAAAUCAAGAAACCAUCCAAAGAAGAGAAAGAAAUCAAGAACCCAUCCAAAGAGAAAGAAACAAAGAAACCAGCCAAAGAUGAGAGAGAAAUCAAGAAAGCCCACAAAGAAGUAGCAGAAGCUAUGAAGUCACAUAUAAACAGAAACGACUCCAUGACAAUACCUGUGAUAAAGAUACAAGUGAAGAAACUAUCCAGAGAAGAAAGAGAAGUCAAGAAACCAACAAAAGAGGAGAUGGUGGUCAAGAAACACUUAAAAAAAGAAGAGAUCAAGAAACAACCUACAGAAAAGAAGGAAACACCUGAAGAAGAGAAAACUCUCAAAAAACCUCCUAUAGCGCAAAAGGAAGUCAAGAAACCACCCAAGGAAGUAAAGGAGGUAAAGAAACCUUCCAAGGGAGGUGAAGAAGUCAAGAAACCACCUAAAGAAGAGAAAGAAAUCAAGAUACCAUCUAAAGAGGAGAAAGAAGUCAACAAACUACAUAAAGAAGAAAAGGUGGUAGAGAAAGAAAUUAAGAAACCAUCUGCAGUAGAAAACGUAAAGGUACCAUCUAGUGUAGAGAAGGAGGUGAUGAAACAAUCUAAAGAUAAAGAAGUGGACAAGAAACCAGCAAAAUUAGAAAAAGAAGUAAAGCAACCAGCCAAAGAAGUCAAAGAAAUGAAGAAACCCCUCAAAGAAGACAAGGAGUCAAAGAAAGAUACUAAAGUAGAGAAAGAAGUCAAGAAAUCCUCCAAAGUAGAGAAGGAGGUCACGGAACCACCUAAAGACAAAAAAGAGGACAAGAAACCAAUUAAAGUAUCUAAAGAAGUAAAGCAACCACCUAAAGAAGAGAAGGAUGUCAAGGUACCUCCAAAGGUAGAGAAGGAGGAAAAGAAACAAUCCAAAGACAAAAUGGAGGACAUGAAACCAGAAAGAAUAGAAAAAGAAGUAAAAAAAACUCCGAAAGAAGAGGCAAAAGUCAAGAAACCUUCCAAAGAAGAAAAAGAAGACAAAAUAGUCACUAAAGAAGAAAAGGUGGUCAAGGAACAUCUUAAAGAAGAAAAGGAGGCCCAGAGACCACCUAAAAUUGAGAAAGAAGUAAAGGAACCAUCGAAAGAAGAGAAAGUUAUUAAAAAACCUCUUCAAGAAGUGAAAAAACCUCCCAAAGAAGAAAAAGAAGCAAUGAAACCCCCUAAAGAAGAAAUAGAAGUAAAGAAACCACUAAAAGAAGACAAAGAAGUAAAGGGACCUUCUAAAGAUCAGAAAGAAACCAAGAAGUCUCAAGAGGAGAAAGCAGUCAAACCAACCAAAGUAGUAAAAGAAGUCGAGAAACUUCACAAAGAAGUAAAAGAAGUCGAGAAACUUCACAAAGAAGUAAAAGAAGUAAAAGAAGUCGAGAAACUUCACAAAGAAGUAAAAGAAGUAAAAGAAGUCGAGAAACUUCACAAAGAAGUAAAAGAAGUAAAAGAAGUCGAGAAACUUCACAAAGAAGUAAAAGAAGUCGAGAAACUUCAAGUAAAAGAAGUCAAGAAACUUCACAAAGAAGUAAAAGAAGUGAAGAUACCUCUGAAAGACCAGAAGGACAGUAAGGAAAAACCAGAAAAACAGGUAGACUUAAAACUGUCCAAGGAGGAGAUUCAACUGAAAAAGCCUCAACUACAGAAAGUUGAGGAAGAGGAGAAACCUAAAGAACUGAAGGAAUUAAAGAAACCCUUGAAGGAGGUCUUGAAGCCCACUAAGAAGGGAGAAGUAAAGCCUUCCAAAGACAAGAUGACAGUGACACCUUCAAAGAAAGUACAGGAAGUCAAAAAGCAUCUCAAAGAGGACAAGGAAAACAUUAUGCCUCCAGAAGAAUCACCAGAGCCAAUGAAGCUCUCAAAAGAAGACAUGGAACCAGAAAAGAAAAUUAAAGAGGCCAAAGAUGUUAAAAAGCCUGUAAAAGAAGAGAAAGAAGUUACUAAGACUGAAAAAGAAGAACCACACAAGAUCUCAAAAGAGAAGAAACAACCAGCUAAGCCUACUGAAGAGGUGAAAGAGAUGCCUUCCAAAGAAAGGGCAGCCCCAAAGAAGCCCUCAAAAGAAAAACCAGAACCGGAGAAACUAGUCAAAAAGGAAGACGAACCAACAACGGUGUCUAGAGUAGAAGAAAAACAACCAAAGAAGCCUUCUAAAGAACAAGAUUUACAGAAGCCUCCCAAAGAAAAGAAGGAGGUCAAGAAGGUUACCAAAGAGGAAAAAGAACCAAAAACACCUUCCAAAGAAGAGAAAGAAAUCAAGAAGACUCUCAAAGACAAAGAACCAGUCAAGAAGAGAGAUACUAAAACAGACACCACAGCCAAAAAGGCCGUAGGAGGGAUUAAAGUUGUCAAGAAGGAGGUGAUGUCUGUCCUGAAGAGGGAACAUCUUAAUGUAACAAAAACAGUUGAUGAACCCAAGAGGGCAGUAAAGGUGCUGAAAGCUGUGAGAAAGCAGAUAUCUCCUGUCCUGAAAAAGGCACAUCUUAAUGUCACAAAAACAGUAGAGGUUUCUGAAGGUCCUAAGCUGAAAGCCAAAGCAGAACCAGAAAAGAAGGUGGCAGCUCCAAAACAGCCGAAGGAACUGAAAGAAAAAACCAAACCACCUGUAAAGACAGAACUUCCAAAAGAAAAAGCUAAAGCAGCACCUGCUAAGAAAGAAGCUGCUGCUCCUAAAGAAAAGGUCAAACCAGUUGUCUUGAAAAAAGGACAAGAGGACGCUCCCAGAAAUGUCUCUGUGGUGAAACCCAGAGUCAAAAUAGUGCCUAUGAAAAUGGAAGUCAAGCCUCUGAAAGAGAAAGUCAAAGCGGUUUCUAAAAAGACCGCAGCUGAGGUUUCAAAACAGAAGCCCAAACCAGUUGUAACAAAGAAAGAAUCUGCUCCUCUCAAGACUAAAGCAGCUACAGUAGUCAAAGAGGCAGAAGUUUCACACAGGAACGUCUCCCUGACAAAGGAGAGGAUCAAGGUCGUGCCGCUGAAGAAAGCGCCUGUAACUCCAAAAGAAAAAGUCAAACCAGCAGCAACAAAGAAAGCUGAAGUUCCCAAGGAGAAGAAGGCCGAGCCAGUGACACCCACAAAGGCGCCUGUCGUCAAAGCGAAACCUAGAGCUGUCGAAAAGAAGAAAGCUGAGGCUCCCAAAGAGAAGAAGGCCAAGCCAGUGACUCUGACAAAAGAGGCAGAAGUUUCACACAAGAACGUCUCGCUGACAAAGGAGAAGGUCAAGGCUGUGUCGCUGAAGAGAGAAGCUGUAACUCCGAAAGAGAAAGUCAAACCAGCAGCAACUAAAAAAGUGGUCGAGAGUCUCAGGGAGAAGAAAGCUGAGCCGGUGACUCCCACAAAAGCGCCUGUUAUCAAAGCGAAACCUAAAGCUGCUGAAAAGAAGAAAGAAGCUGUGCUGAAGGAAAAGGCAAAACCCUCCAAGAAAGAAGCUGAGGCCAAACCCGCUCUCUCUAAGAAAGCAGCCGAGGUGAAGGAGAGGCCGAAAGCAGCUCACGAGAAGAAAGAGGAAAGAGUUCUUAAAGAGAUUCAGGAACCUGCGAUAAAAGAAAAAACUGUGGAAAAGAAAGUUGCCAAGGAGGAGAAAGUGAAAGCUGAGCCUUCUGUGUCAGACAGCCUUCCCAUGGACGACGAGAUGCCCUACUUCCAGUGUUUCUUUGUGGAUGAGGACGAGGCCCAGUUUCCGUUCUACGCCUUUUCACCUCUGCACAUUUGAAGCUUCAGCCUGAAUCACGUCUGAGGUUUACGAUUGAUAACGUGGUGUGUCGCCCUGCACUGUAUAAAUGCGGCCUGCUGUUCACUGUUGGUCGUCAGCAGAAUACCUCUGACAGCAGCGGAGGAGGACGGGUUACUUUCAUGUGACGGACCGAUUUUUUAAAUUUAUUUCCAGAUUUGGUUGAGCUCUCGUAACCAAACACGCAGCCAGUGUCAUUCCUUUCUGUCUUUUUCUUUAAUACCUUUUUUUUCCACUUCAUUUGAGACGUUGAGAUUAUUUUAAAAGGAACCAUUUAUUAUUUUAACUUGUUUUGGAUCAUUCAUUUAGCUCCUGACAGCAAACAAUGCAUAACUGAAUAAAAUGGUGCAUUUUUAUAGAAGUGUAGAGUAAGUUCAACUGUGCUGUAAACGGGGUACAAAAAAAAGGCCACAGGUGACGUAUGAGAGGGGUAAUGGGUUAAAUGCCUCUAAGAACACAUUUACUUGAAGAGUGUACAUUUUUACGCUCAGUCUGUUUAAUUUUAGCUUUUUUUUUUUCCUCAUCGCAUUGUGGAAGGCAAAGUUCAUAACGCUACAUUUGUCCUGCUUUUCAAGCCAUUGGAUUAAUAUUCAGGCUUUUUGUGUAAAUUCCAUUAUUCAUGAUAUUUUUCAUUUAAUCCUUUCAUUUCUUCCCUAAUGGGAAUAAACAAAGGAAGUGUUUUUUUGUUUGUUUGUGUCCACUUGUUAUGUGUCAAAAGGAAUGACCAUGCACUGUAUAUGAGAGCUCCCAAUCCUGCCGAUGUAACACUACCUAUGAAGUCUUAUUAAACUACACCAUGACGCCCAUUUGAUGCUACUUGUUUUAGUCGACAGGAUGACCAGUAUGAGUUCUUUCUUGCACAAAGACUAUUUUCAAGCUGGGACAUCAAAUGUAGGGUACAUGAGAUGAGUUUUUAUUGUCAGUCACAGGAUGACUGUUGUGACUAACACCGACCAAACACUGUCACUAACUCUGGUCAGUGGCUGUUAGCUUGAGUGCACAACGUAGUCCGCCCGCGUAUACGAGCAACUAGUUGUUGUGAUUUUUUAACACAUCACAGAGCGUGUGUCUCAUACAGGAGCUUCCCUUUAAUGGUGCUUCUAUGAAAGAUGACAGGAGAUCUUUUACAGUUUAGUAGAAUCCUGUGCAUGGGGUGUGUGAUAUGGGUUUCAUGAUGAUUUUAAAGACUGAAACUGGACAAAGAUAAAGAUAAAAUUUGAAAUCUCUGAAGAAUGAUGUCAAGAGAGCUGCGAGACUCGGCUCCUCUUACACCUUUAUGUUACAAGCUGAAUGUUUUUUUACGUCGACGUUACUUUAAACCUCAAACGGUACAUUAACUCUGUGAUGAUGUCUGCACAUCAUGUGAUUACAAUUCAAAAUGCUGCAAAGGGCAUCACAUGUUGGAGCAGAAGAUCUCAGGUGUAAAGUCAGAUGUUUUCAUACAGUUCUUCAUACGACGACACUCCAGAUUCUGCACAGUUAUUUUAGCUUGUGUCACUUAUACCAGGGCAUACUGGAAAAGUAAACCCACUUGUGUUUUUAUUACAAUCAUAGAAACGCUCUAUUAGACCAUGAUUGGUGCGUAAGACAUCUGCAGAGCACAGUGAGCCCUGGCUCUUGAGUUUCAGGUUGAUGCUGCACUGUCACGUUGUCUGUUAGUUCCCGAAAUGUACGAGGAACUGAGCACGAUUUUAUUUUAAAUAUUCAUAUUGAGUUAAUUUGUUUUAGUUUAUGCAUUGAAGUCAUGGAGAUUUGUUACAUUGUGACAAAAGAUACAACAUGUAUUUUAUUUAUUUUCACUGAGUUGUAUCUACAGCCUCAAACCUACCAGGUAAACAUGUGCAAUCCCUUUAUUUAUUUUUUAAAUCUCUCAUUGAUCUAAGCACUGUACGAUUGUCUGAUAGUCCUCGAUUGAAAUGUGCAUGAUGUGUGUGCUUUUGUUUUAUGCUUUCAGAUGAUUUUGUGACAUUAUUUCCCGAUUUGGAUAAAAGGCAGCAACAAAGACGUGAAAUGACUGAUCAGCGUAUUUGAACCAAUAACUGAUGUUUGUCAGGCAGCGGUGUUUCUAACGUGAUACCUGACAAACUUUAUUGAAAGUAUUCCCACAUGAUCUCAUUGUAAAUAGGCAAAUCAUUAGAAAAUAGAGUUUCUCCCUGAAAUCAGACGAUGUAUCAAUUUGUCCAUUACAUCUGCCUCCUGCCUGUGAAUAGUAGCAAUUUGACAUUAAAACAUAGAAGAGCACGAGUGUCUUUGAGUCUCGCCUUUCUCCAAAAGUUCCAAUAAGAGCGUUCAAACAAACAGAAGUCUAUCUGUUACCCAGUGGGUUUCAUUUCGUUCUCCUUUUUGGCACCAAAAUGGGAGCCAAGAGCAAUUGUCUAGAACAAAACAUAAAUUGCAGAAGGACAUUAUCUGUACUAUAACUCCUGUAUUUGGGUUACUCGUAUUUUCAUGUGACUUCCAGGGGCUUUAAAAAAGGAUUUAAGAAAUCCUACAGGACCGCCCCCCCCCCCCCCCCCCCCCCCCCCCCCCCCCGCGCCCCCUCAUCAAAGCAAUUGAUGUACUAGCCACAAAAUAAUCUCCUUCAAAAUGAAAAACAAAUGUAUUUUAAUCCUGCAUAUUUUAGACUUGAGUCAUUCAUAUACAUAUGGAUUUUUAUUUUCUAUGGGUUUUAUUUCUAACAUUUUGAUUCAAAUAUCUGUAAACAGCUCGGUUUGUUGUGCGGGAGUCUUUUUAAUCCCACUCAUCUGAUUUGUUUUUUCAUAUUUUUUAAGUCUUUUGUCUUAAAAUAAGUCACAUUUUUUUGAUAAGAAGUGUAAAGAAAUAUCAAAUUAUUAUUUUUUUAUACUUUGUUUUUAUUUUUUUCAAAGAGUUGCUUCACUCAUAUGGUCGUUUCAUUUCAACAAACAUGUUUUCAACAUGUUUUUGAAUGAAUCAAAAAAAAUAAACUACCCCCAAGAAAAGAAGCAGCAACUUAAGAAAUAUCAAAUUAGAUCCCCUAAAUCUAAAAUGUGUGAAUCUUCUCUUCAUGUUCCCCAGAUUUCCAAAGUACAAGUCCUUUCUCAGUAUGAUUUAUGUGUUUUUAAUGAGGAAGACAAACGGAGAAGAAUGUGCAGAGGAUGAUCAGGUCUGUGUUCUGUAUUUCCCUUUGUGAGGCCAGAGAGGCCAGAGAGCGGUUACCACAGGUCAGUCCACACCGCUAACACAGAUUCCACACAAACACACAAAGAGGAGACUCACUCCACUCGCCUUUAGGGGGGGGGGGGGAGACGCUACACUCAACUAUUAUCCCCUGCUGAGUCUCCAACAUGGCAUGCGAUAGCUCCCUUUUCAGUGGGCCUGUGCUGCUGUGAAUAUCGUGACAUGGACUGGCCUGGACUUGUCCAUUAACUGUUUUCACCCAAAUAUUUAUGCAAAUUAAUCCGGCUCACAGUAGAGGUAUUAUUUUGGCAGACUGCGAUUUGAGCAUACACAUAGAUUUUAAUUGAAAUUAAUUCAGCGGGCAACAAGCAAAUGAGUUCCACUCCAGUUACCACGGUGCCUUUGUGUCGCACGCUAUUCAGAGGUGAGCAGAAACUUGGCAGAGUGUUUCCUGGGAUGAGAAGAAUGGCCAUUUGUAGUGGCAAGCAUUCAGCAGGGCUGGACGCAGCUCGCAGGGCAAGGGAGGAUUUAGCUUGGCUUCUUAAAACUGUGGGAAAGAUGGAGGAUGCAUGAGGGGACUUUAAAAUUAACACUUUUAUCUCAAAGACACAGAGACAAACAGUGCAGCACUGGAGCUUGUGACCUUGACCGACCAAGUGAGAGUUAUUGGAUUGAUAUAAACUGUCACAUCCUGCUCAGUCUCUCCUUAUCGCCUUGUCGGUCAUCUGUCAUGCGAGCGGCGGCAUUCAAUCACGGUUGGUCCACACACCAUCGAAUGAUUCCUCUACGUAAUGACACCACAACUAAAACCGGAUUAUCCCGAGGCCAGUGACAUCAUUCCUCCCCCAACCCCCUCCUGCUCCUAGCCGUCUCUGACCAUCUGGAGGUUACUACAGGACGUUCACUCCCACAAGUUCAGUGGUCACACUGGCUGCUGCUGCUGCUGCUGCCGCUGCACGGCCCAGCUCUGGCCUGCACAGUCACCCUGCAGCUGUCACCUGGAACCGACCCGUUACAGGGAGAGCACUGUUCCCACAAUUCAGGGUGACAUGUUUGAAAGAGAAAUGUAGGGCUGCAUUAGAAGUAACACCCUAAUGGGGGAGAGAGAGAGCCAGAGUGGUGCUGAUGGAGCUCUUGGGACUGAAAACUGAAAAGUCUGAGAUGGAGCAAAGUUAUGUCAAGUAGUUUAUUUUUUUUCCCUUUACAUGUUUGAUACAGAGAAUGAAACCGUUUUGGCUCUUCACAUUCUGAAUUUCUUACAAAAGGUCUUACAAAAGAUAUCCCAAAGUAUUCAUCACAUGUUACAACAACAAAUCCAGUGCAAAUCAUUGCAAA